GCAUUUCCUUUGUAGAAUAAUUAGUUUCCUGGUAAAUGGCGCAAGAGAGGCAAAACUCUACAGGCUGUUCAGUCCAUUGCCUCCAACCAGUCAUGGCAGAUGACCUGAGCCCUGUUCUGCUGGAAGUUUCUUCCUGUUAACAGGGAGUUUUUGGUUCCCACUGUUGCCUACUGCCUCCUUAAAGUUGCAGUCUUGACUUGGCUCCAAGCGUUAGAGGAUGAAGAUCGCCUUGGUGGGAGCCACUGGGCAGACUGGACAGUAUCUGGUCAACCAGGCCCUGCAGCAAGGCCACGUGGUCACCGCCCUCGUCAGGAACCCAGGGAAGCUCACCGUGACUCAUGAGAAUCUCAAGGUGGUGACGACUGAUAUUUUCUCGGCAGACAGUCUGAAGACUCAUUUCAAAGACCAGGAUGUUGUCAUGUCCUGCCUCGGCUUCCCAGCCUCCUUCUUCACCGGGGUGACGGGCUACACUCGGUCCAUGACUGCUAUGGUCAGUGCGAUGCAAGAGACCCGGGUGAACAGGCUCAUCACCAUGACCUCCUGGUACACAGAGCCAAACUCUGGAACUCAGUCAUCGUACCUGAUCAGAUUCCUCCUGCUGCCAUUAAUCCGAAGUGUCCUCAGCAACAUGUAUGAGAUGGAGCAGUUUCUGCAGAAGACGGAGGACAUCAACUGGACUGUGGUGCGUCCACCUGGCCUCAAGAACCUUCCGGCCACAGCUCAAGAGUUUCUGACCCAUGAGGGAUACUUUGUGCCUGACAACAAUGGUCAACCUGCAGGCAGCGCAGUGGGAAGAGGAGACGUGGCUCGCUUCAUGCUCUCUCUGCUCAACAGCAACGCCUGGGUCAAGAAGGGAGUCGCCAUCACUACUAAAUAACAAAGAAGAAGCCAGGCUCGGUGCACCAACACAUUGGCUGUAUCCAUGCAGGGAGAUAUUUUUCGGGGAUAUUAAUCUUGCAAUAUUUACAGUGACGCAUUUAGUGUCUGGUGCAUUAAAUAAUUAAAGUUGCAGUCCUCAGUUUUUUAGUGCAGUUGAAUCCAUUGUUUUGUAUUUGCAUUUUACAAAUUUAGUGCUUUUAUUCAGUCAUAUAAAGCAACGAUCCAUAGGCACAACUCUUAAUGAAGCCUUGCUUCAUGAGAUGGCACUAUGUUUAUAGCUUAUGUGGGUUAAGUAUCAUGAUUGAUUUCUCCUAUAAUUUUCAAACAGCACUGUGUUUACAGCUUGGCUUAAACUUAGCUUUAAUAAAAUAGCAAGUCCCCCUGAAAUCUAGUAAGAACAACCCAUCUGAAAUAGUUUGUUUUUUUUAAGCCUCCAAGCAUGGCAAUGUAUCCAUUGUAAACACAGCCAGAGCUAUCUUCAUGGUGAGGUUUUGCUCAAGCUGGAAUAACUGGUCUAACUGGAGUGAUGUAUGUGUAUGUACAUACAUACAUACAUAUAUGUAUAUGUAUACAUAUAUGUAACCAGUGACUAACUGUGAGUGCCUUCCCAUGCAUACCCUACAUGCAUUCAUUGCAGACACAUGAUGGCAGUGCUGUGCCACAUAUAGUAGUUUUAAGUAAAGCUAAGUUGCUUGACUCUUACAGGUCGUGUCCAUAAAAAAAAAAUGUAAUGACAGGUUAUCACCAAGUGCUCUGCAUAUGUAAAGAAAAAAAAAAGUACUGUACAAGUUGUGUGAAAUGAACAGUUCUGGAAAGGGUGAAGGAAUAUUUGUGCUAGAAGUGCAAAUCCAAGGAGCAAAUUUAGGAAAUAUCAGGUUAAAUGAAAUCCUGAGUUGAGAAUUCAUGUCAGAGAAAAUAAUUUUUUGCUUUUAUGAGUUUUAGUUGCAGAGUCGCACCCAGUGUUGUGCUUUUGAAGAAGUUGAUUCCAGCGAAAGUUUUCGCUACUGCUUUUUUAAGUGAGGAUGUGGCUGUGAGCUGUAUUCAGGAGUAAGAGAGCGUUUCAUGUUCGGCCACUCACAUGAGGUGUUUUUUUUUUUACCUGCUUACACAAAAGCAAGCUGGCAAGUUACCAGAAACCUUAAGGAAAAAAAUUCCAAAGUUUCCAACCCAGUCACAUGCAUUCGUUCAAAUGCUUUUCGUAGCUAAGCACCUGGUCCACAAUUCAGACACACCUUCUCACUCUGGUGGUUGCUGUAUCUUGUCCAAGCAUACUUUCACAUGCAGACCGGACCCACUCUACUUACCGAAGUAGAAAAAGAAAAAUCUCACUUCAUUUUUUUUGUUCGUUUUUGAAUGAUGAUGUAACGUCUAAGUGUCAAGUUCAUGUUAAGGUUUGUUUUUCAUUUUCACCAUUACCUAUUAAAAGUAAUUCUUAACACA